GGCGCCGGCAUGAGCGCAGACAGAAGCCCCCUCGUGGGCAACCCACCCGCCAGCUAUGGGACCCUGACGAUAGAGACAUCUGUCAAUCCCCUCAGCUCCUCAGUUUCAUCUGUGAGGCUCAGCGGCUACUGUGGCCAUCCAUGGAGGGCCAUGGGCUACCAUGCCGUGGUCUGGCUGAUGGCUGGGAUCCCUUUGCUGCUGUUCCGGUGGAAGCCGGGGUGGGGCGUGCGGCUCCGGCUCCAGCCCUGCACCCUGGCCCGCGCCGAGACACUCGUCAUCGAAACAAGAGACCAAGAGGAUAGUUCCUGGCAGCUCCACACUGUCCAGGUGCAGACGGAAGCCAUCAGCGAGGCCAGCCUGGACCCAGUGCAGCCAGAAGAUGGCCGGAGCCAAGCCGCCGUGGGAGCAGUACCAGAAUACACGUGGCAGGACACCACUCGGCUCCACCAGAAGGAGGAGGGGAUGUGUGUGCUGCGAUACUACCUCUUCCGGGGCCAGCGCUAUGUCUGGAUUGACACCCAGCAAGCCUUCUGCCAAGUCAGCCUCCUGGACCAGGGCCGCACCUGUGACGACGUCCACCGGUCUCGCUGUGGACUCAGCCUCCAGGACCGCACUGUGAGGAAGGCCGUCUUCGGCCCCAACGUGAUCAGUGUUCCAGUCAAGUCCUAUCUCCAGCUGCUGGUGGACGAGGUACUGAACCCAUACUACGGGCUGCAGGCCUUCAGCAUUGCGCUGUGGCUAGCCGACCACUACUACUGGUAUGCCCUGUGCAUCUUCAUCGUCUCCACCAUCUCCAUUGGCCUGUCACUGUACAAAACAAGAAAGCAAAGUCUGACUCUGAGGGACAUGGUCAAGCUGUCUGUGCAAGUGUGCGUGUCCCGGCUAGGGGGAGAGGUAGAAUGGGUAGACUCCAACGAGCUGGUGCCCGGAGACUGCCUGGUGCUGCCCCAGGAGGGGGGGCUGCUGCCCUGCGAUGCCGCCCUGGUGGCGGGCGAGUGUGUAGUCAACGAGAGCGCUCUCACAGGAGAGAGUGUUCCUGUCCUGAAGACGGCCCUGCCGGCGGGCCCAAUGCCCUACAGCCCAGAGACCCACCGGCGGCACACACUCUUUUGCGGGACUCUCGUCUUGCAGGCCCGGGCCUAUGGAGGACCCCAUGUCCUGGCGGUGGUGACACACACAGGGUUCUGCACUGCUAAAGGAAGCCUGGUGAGCUCCAUCUUGCAUCCCCGGCCCCUGAACUUCAAGUUCUACAGGCACAGCAUGAAGUUCGUGGCUGCCCUUUCCAUCCUGGCUCUCCUGGGCACCGCCUACAGCAUCUUCAUCCUCCACCACAACCAGGUUCCACUGAAGGAGAUUGUGAUCCGGGCUCUGGACCUGGUGACGGUGGUGGUCCCGCCCGCCCUGCCAGCCGCCAUGACCGUGUGCACGCUAUAUGCCCAGAGCCGCCUGCGGAAGCAGGGCAUCUUCUGUAUCCACCCGAUGCGCAUCAACCUGGGCGGCAAGCUGCACUUGGUGUGUUUUGACAAGACGGGCACCCUCACAGAGGACGGCUUGGACGUGAUGGGUGUGGUGCCCCUGAAGGGGCAGGUGUUCCUGCCGCUGGUCCCAGAGCCCCGCCACCUGCCCGUGGGGCCCCUGCUCCGAGCACUGGCCACCUGCCACACCCUCAGCCAGCUCCAGGACACCCUAAUGGGCGACCCCAUGGACCUCAAGAUGGUGGAGUCUACAGGCUGGGUCCUGGAGGAGGCGCCGGCAGAAGACCGGGCCUUGGAAACCCAGGUCUUGGCAGUGAUGAGACCCCCACUUGGGGUGCCCCAGUUGCAGGGGGCGGAGCGCCCAGGGUCCAUCAGCAUCCUCUGCCGCUUCCCUUUCUCGUCCACCUUGCAGCGCAUGGACGUGGUGGUGACCUGGCCAGGGGCCACACAGCCUGAGGUUUAUGUCAAGGGCUCCCCGGAGCUGGUGGCAGGCCUCUGCAGACCUGAGACAGUGCCUGCCAACUUUGCCCAGACGUUGCAGAGUCACACCGCUGCCGGCUAUCGAGUGGUGGCACUUGCCGGCAAGACCCUGCCUAUCACGCCUGACCUGGGGGCAGCUCAGCAGCUGACAAGGGACACUGUGGAGCAGGAGCUGAGCCUCCUGGGACUGCUGGUGAUGAGGAACCGGCUGAAGCCACAGAGCACGCCGGUGAUCCAGGCCCUGCGGAGGACCCGAAUCCGCACCGUCAUGGUCACAGGGGACAACCUGCAGACCGCAGUCACUGUGGCCCGGGGCUGCGGCAUGGUGGGAUCCCAGGAGCGGCUGGUCAUCGUGCAUGCUGCACCCCCUGAGCAAGGCCAGCCUGCCUCUCUGGAGUUCCUGCCCGUGGAGCCCUCUGCAGCCAUGAAUGGGGCAAAGGAACCUGUGCAGGCUGAGAGCUACACCCUGGAGCCAGACCUCCACUCCCGCCACCUGGCACUCAGUGGGGCCACCUUCAGCAUCCUGCUGAAGCACUUCCCCAAGCUGCUGCCCAAGGUCCUGGUCCAGGGCACUGUCUUUGCCCGCAUGGCCCCCGAGCAGAAGACCCAGCUGGUGUGCGAGCUGCAGAAACUGCAGUACUGCGUGGGCAUGUGCGGGGAUGGCGCCAACGACUGUGGGGCCCUGAAGGCAGCCGACGUGGGCAUCUCGCUCUCCCAGGCUGAGGCCUCCGUGGUCUCAUCCUUCACCUCGAGCCUGGCCAGCAUCGAGUGUGUGCCCAAGGUCAUCAGGGAAGGCCGGUGUUCUCUGGACACGUCGUUCAGCGUCUUCAAGUACAUGGCUCUGUACAGCCUGAUCCAGUUCAUCUCUGUCCUGAUCCUCUACACGGUCAACACCAACCUGAGCGACAUGCAGUUCCUGGCCAUCGACCUGGGCAUCACCACCACUGUGGCCGUGCUCAUGAGCCGCACGGGGCCAGCGCUGGUGCUGGGCCGGGCGCGGCCACCGGGGGCCCUGCUCAGCGUGCCCGUGCUGAGCAGCCUGCUGCUGCAGGUAGCCCUGGUGGCUGGCGUCCAGUUGGGAGGCUACUUCCUGAUCUUGGCCCAGCCCUGGUUUGUGCCUCUGAACAGGACUGUGCCCGCCCCGGACAACUUGCCCAACUAUGAGAAUACGGUGGUCUUCUCCCUGUCGAGCUUCCAGUACCUCAUCCUGGCCGCCGCCAUGUCCAAGGGGGCUCCCUUUCGCCGGCCGCUCUACACCAACGGUGCUGGGGCCACCUGCUGCCACCUCCCCUAG